ACACACAAACACACACACUUACGGUAGACCCUCAGCCUUGCAUGAUCGCAGCAAAAGACCCUUUGUUUUAUACGGCCUGUUGCGCGAGUAUUUGAUUACCUACCAUCGGAAACGAUAUUUUCUAUCGUAAACUGUAAGUAUAUAAUGUCUAUAAUUAUCAUAAGAAAUGCAUUUAUUUUAAAAAAUCCUUAAACAUCAUGAUACAUGAUUAAAGAAAAUACGGGGCAAUAAAAUGCUACUUUUUUCUUUAAUUUUCUGUAAAGCUUUUGUCAUUCAACAUUACUGAAAACACGAUUGCAUAUUUAUUACUAAUUUUAUUUAUUUUUCAAUUAUGCAUUUCCCAUUAAAUUCAUAUAUUCUAUAUGCCUAUAUUUAUAUCAUAUCCGAUCAAGUUUUGCCAUCUUUAAUUACAGUUACAGUAUACUUGCUAUUCAAUCAUGAGACUUAGGUAACCUAACAGCCAUAUUUAUUCUUAAACUGAUGAAUGUUAUUUUGGGUCAGUGAGGUAUGAAAUAACAUAGGUUGUCCUAUUGUGCUGUUAGAUUGUCAUGUUGUACUUGCUACGACUAACGCUGAACAACAUCUGCAGGCAAUGCCGUGACCUACUUUUUUUCUUUUUAGCACGCAGCACUAUUUACUGGGACAGUGUGUUAAAUUCACAAUUUGUUUUUCAUGGAUAUAAAUACAUUCUUAUUUUGCCACAUUUUCAAAUCAUCGUUCGAUAUAAAGUUUGACUUCAAUAUGACAAAUAAAAAAAGUCAACCUUGAAUUUCGUUAUUUUAAAAUGGCAACAAUAACAAACGUAAAUUUGGGAAAACCCGAACUAUGAUGUGCUUCAGUACUGACUGUAAGAAAAAGGUCAGAGGAAAAAAAAUCACAGACAAUAAGUUACAGAAAAACUUUUUAUUAACACUAAUUGUAUUUUAAGUCAUACAUUUGUUUAUGAUAUACUAAUAUCCAUGGUGACCGAAAUUGGUCCAACGGAAAUUUGAUCGAACGGAAAUUAUGUCGAAUUUUGUAUUACUUUUUUCCAACAGCUUCCCUUAAGAAAUGUACACAUUUGUUGGUAUUGUCAUUAUUUUUGAGCUAAUUUGUUUAGUUUUAAUUUUUUAUUAUCCUUAUUAUUAUUUUUUAAAGCAAAUGUUGAGAAAUGAGCAGAUCUUUUUCCAUGGACGCGUGUCAGAAUUUAGUUUAUUUUUAAACGGAGAAAUACAAAGCAGUAGUCAGUACUUUCAAUUAUUGGUAUAUGAAAGUAUCCUAUAAAAUCUAUAAAGGUCACGGCUAGAAAUUAUAUCAGAAAAGCAACGAUACAAAUUAUUGUAAAUGAGAAAACUUCAUAAGAAAAAACCAACAUAUAGUAUAUAACUACUAAGUAUUCAUGUCAAAGUGUAACCAGUUUCAAUUUCGAAUUUUAACUGCUAUUGCUGCUAUGUUACAUGCAGCUGAUAGCUUCAAAACCGAAGGAACUAUAAUAAUAAAAACGACUAAAAUUGAUGAUGUAACUACACGUGACUUUACAAAUUCUAUUUGUCUAAAGCAUUUUCGAAUUUUAACCCCGGCCACGAAAGAUCACCUGUAAACUGAUCUAAGUUGAAACUAUAAAAAAAACACACGAAAUCAUAUAACAAAAUACACUUUGGGUCCAAUUAUUCAUUUUCUCGUGACAUAACAUUCAAUAGUGUAAAUAAUUUGACGAGAAUGGCGAAGACUUUAUAUUGUUUGCACUGGGCCGAUAGAUUACAGAAUGUUAAUAUUUUCAACAAGGAAUAAUCUAUGGAUGUUUUCUGCUUGAGCAUAUGUGCCUGCUGCCUAUACAACAUGUGUUGGAGUACUUUCAGUUACAUUGAGGUAGAAUUAUUUUACUUCCUGAAGCUGAAGUUAUCAUUAAUAAGUUUAAAUACAAAUGUAUAGGUCGACAUAAGCAUAGUCACGGUCGACCACCCCCAUUUUGCUGAAUCCCAAAAUGCUCUUGAAGGUAUACAUACGGAGUUUUAGAACCAAGUUUGCUAUAAUCACCCCGACAUUUAUAUAAUUUAUGUUAAAUGUGAGCAAAGUUUGAAGGAAUUUCAUUUCGAACAAUUUCUUACUUGCUAGAGCGCCCUUCAGAAGAAAUCAAUAUAAAGUUUCAGUAGAAAUAUUAAUUUGCAUUGUCAAUUCUUUUGAAACCAAUAUUAAGGCUAAGGACUAUUUACGUGGUAUAGCACAUAAUAAUGCCUAUUAAUUUUUUUAAUUGAAUUCAAUAACACAAUAAUCCCCAGAGAACUGGUUUCUUUAAUUUUUUCUGUAACCACUGUAAUUAUUCCUAAGGCAGGAAUAAUUUUAGUAAGCUAUCUGAAAUUAUUGUCUACAAACACUUAUUUCCUGUUAAGGAAGAAAGUUUCUCGUUUUUUUCAUUUUCUUUCUAAAAUCGCUCUACAAAACAAUAUGUGACGUGGCCUUAAUGUUUGUAAAUGUUUUUGACAUCGAUAAAUGUGUUUUUUACCUUGAUUAUGUGUUUGAAAUGUUGGAACAAUAUAAACAUUGUAAGUAUUGUUAAUUAAAAAGUUCAGUAUCUUCAUUCUGUGUGCUAUGCUACAGUUUUGAAAGGGAUUUAAAUGGUGUCCUCGGAGCCGGGUUUUAAAUUGGUAUAUAGUUGGCCUUAGAUCUAAUAACAAGAGAAAUCUGUCAGCCACUAUCAAAGGAGUUUUGGAGAAAACAAAAUUAUAUGAACUAAUCCUUUGGGUUGUUUUGACUUGAAUGGUAAAGAAUAGUUCGUUUUUGUGUGUUUGUUUUUAUUUUAAUAAGCUGAUCAUAUUCAUUAUUUCUUUAAUUUUUUUUUUUAAAUUUAUUUAAUGAUCAAUGAUUAUUGACAGACUUUUGAUAAUAUAUUUUUAAGAUCAAGUAAAGAAAAGUUUAGACAAAAUUUAAUCACAUAACUAAAUUUUUGUACGUCAUCAUAUACAACUGUCUCAGAUGAUGAUGAAUUAUAUAAAUGUUGAGACACUGACUGACUCAGAAGUUCUAACAGUUGAUAAAGAUCCCUUUCACAUUGUUCCAAAAAUUAAACCAUGCACAAAAAAAAAAAAAAAAUUAAAAAAUAAUCAGAAAAUUACAAUUCAAAAUUUUUAUGUAACAAAUAUCUUACAUUUUUUACACUAAACCAUCAUGGACCUGUAAGUUUAAAAUAAAUAAAUUCUAAUGAAAAAAGUUCAUGUUUUAAAAAAAAUAAAAUAAAUAUCUAUAGGGACACUGUUAUUUAAAUUAUAAAGCUUUGAAAUUCCACAUGAGAUGAAAAUCAUUAUUUGAUCCCAGCAGCAUAGCAAUUCUCAUGCAUCUUUGAAUACAAAUAUUUAUUUUUUUAUCCAAACCAUACUUAAUUUUCGCUUUGUGUACAAACAUUUGAAUAAAUUAGACUAAAAUCAGAUGAAUGAAAAGGUAUUUUAUUAAUUUUAACUCCACCAAUAUUUUUACAGGGAUAUAAUUAAAUCUUCUUUCACAUGAUUUUUUUCCUACCCGAAAAUUCUUUUGUGUUAUUUUUUUAAACUGUAAUAAAAUGAACAUUUUGUCUCAGUUGAUAUUUUGCUAAUGUGUGUUCCUAAAAAAAAAAAACAACACACGCACACUUUUUUUUAAAGAAAAGUCUCGUCAAUGUAUAACUGACUUUAUGUGAAAGUUCUAACAUUAGUUAUUUUGGGAGAUGUAAGACAUUAAAAUCCAUAGUAUUCAAUCUAACACUACCAUUAGGUACAACGUUUAUCCUUAUUUACGCUUUAAAACUACCAUAUAACUUUUAAAAUUUGUAUAUGUUAGAUUGGUAUUCAUUUUACAUGCCCCUAAUUCUCUGACUUAAAUGUUCUUCUUACUCUAGAUCACAAGCUCUUAACGAAUGAUGCCUGCAACCCCAGGGAAUGUGGCAUGCAAUGACUUAGUGUACUUAAUUAAUAAAGUUUAGAUAGCUUCAUAAUACUGCAUCUAUUUAAAAUGUGUUUCUCUUACCUACUUACUUAUGCCUUUUACUUCAUUUGAGACAAAAGCCGACUUCAAGUUCUCUUCCUUCAUCUCUGCCAUGUACUUUUCUUUUCCGUUGACUCCAAUUGUAUUUUGUCGUGUAUAUGCUUCUAGCUCGCGUCUCCAUUAAUUCUUUUGCCCUCCUCUCUUCAUUAUUUUCAUGUGGAUUCCAUAUUAGACAUUGCAUGGUGAUGUGAUCUUGGGCUUUACGAAAUUGAAAAGGUUUAAACCAAAAUAUCAAAUGCAUAAAUAAUCACUGGCAUGAUUGUCAAACCAUAUCGCAGGUUUUAGUUGGACCAACUAAGUUUGAGAAAAUUAUUAUCUUCAAAUAGAUGACUAAAAUCCAAGAUCGCCUUGUGUUUCGCAGCUGUGUUUUGUGCUAUUUGGUUGAUAUCCCUGAACAAUUUGGCGGAUAAUAGAUCGCAUUUUUGGCAUCUGCUAUAGGGACCAUAUCUCCAAUGAUACAAUGGAAUAAAAGGUUCGACAGACGAUUGGGGAGUACGAUGACAUACAGGUGACUGUGGGAAAAAAAACGCAAAAAAAGAUGGUAUGGCAACGUAACAAGGAAACAAGGGCUUGCCCAAGAAAUAUUGCUGGGCACCACAAGAGGAGGGAGAAGAAGUGGAAGACAAAGAAAGAGAAGGGAGGAUAACAUCAAAGAGUGGACAGGACUAACACUGGGUGAUGCUGUGCGUAGUGCUGAAGACAGAGAUAAAUGGAGGAGGAUAGGUCACUAAUUUUAUAGUUAAUAAAGGAUUUUUUUUUCAAUAAAAAUAACAAUUUGUGUAUAUUAGCAUUUUUGUUUAGCUAAAACCUUUUUUAAAGAUCAGUUAAGUGCAUGUCUAUUGCAUUGACUGUGAUGUAUUACUAGUGUGUCAGUUACUCUAAAUAAAUUAUGUUUCCCAGCAUAUGAUUUACUAACAACAUAUAAAUCAACACGGUUCCGGUGGUUAGGUUUGGACGGUCAUGUCCUUGCACCAAAUUGUUGUAUCGAAAUCAAAAAGGCAAGAAAGUAGCUUUGUGAGUUCUAAAAAUAGAUUUCCAUUCAAAAUAUGAAAUUUAUUAGUGGAUAGUUAAAAUGUUUUGUAAAAACCGAUAGCCGAAUUUUUUUAAAAAAAAAAUUUGAUUUUGCACCACAAGAAAAUGAUAUUAGCACGUCACUAAACUCCUGGCAAUCAAUGCUAUUAUUAUGCUGUCUGCGUUAAGAUCAAACAGCUCUGCUGGAAAUCAUUCGGAUACAAAUCUGCUCUUACUUUGACCGGUCUGUUUAUGUUAAUGGAGUAAAAUAUAUUACAGAGCUUCUAUAUAAAGGGUAGACGGAUAAUUCUCAGCUUGUGUACGUAUUGUUAUUAUUUUUUCCUGUAGCUUUUGAGUCAAUUUUACCAGAUUGAUUUGCUAACUCUCCAACUUCUCAGCCAAAUUGGUUCUCAACGUUUAGAAAUCGGUAGCUGUUAGUAAAGAGGACUACUCGAUCACUGUGGACAUUACUUUUGCUUAGGGGGGAAGUUGCAAUACGAUUUAACCCCAUACUUUUGCAAGUGUUUGAUUUCACAUGUGUUUAUUAGUUUUACAGUAAUCAGGUCUAUGAAUAUGUAAAUAAGUAUGAAAACGUUUUUUAAAGAAUUUUAAAAGGCAAUAAGUACCUUUUUUUCAUGUUAUUGUAAGUGUUUCUUUUAUAUUCGACUUCAACUCAUCUCGUUGGUUGUUGGAAGUUUCUCAAUCCAUCAAAUAAUGAAGUCAGACGAAAACACCGAAGAAAAAUUUUGGCAAACGCAACUUCUUCUUUUUUUUUAAUCCGCGGAAAAAAAAUGAAAAUGAGAUUAAGAGAUAGUAUAAUUGUAACUAUUAGUGGUUCAAAAAUAAUUUGUUUCUUGUAAAAAUAAGACACAUAAAGUUUUUAUGUGUUUUUUUUAAAGAAAUGCAUUUUAACCACGGCAAAAAACAAUCUUUAAAUUUUCACAUGAUUUGCCUGUACAUCAGAAUUAUCUUGAUAAAUUUUAGGCAUAUUGGGAUUCUCAAAUCAUGCAUCAUAUAUUGAAUAAAACUAUUCACUUAUUAAGUAAUGUAACGGUAAAAAGAAUUCCAACAAUUCUAAAAUGAGGCAAUUGAUUUCCUUAAAUAAUUUUUUGGCAAUAUGUUUAUAAAUUUAAUUGAUAUAUUUGUAUUUCUUGAUAUAUUUGAAACUUUGUAAUAUGUGUAUUGUUUGACAUAUGUACAAUAUACAUCUUUUAAACAUGAUUUUUCUUUUGUUUAAUAAAAUAUUAUUUUUUUUACUUACAGUUUGGCUAUGAGCUGCUAUAUGAUUGUCACUUCCAGUCUCUUCUACGACAUCCACAUGGAUUACUAGCGUAUAACUGUUACAUUGUUUGAAUUUAACUUUCUACAAACAUGGCUACAUCUCUUAAAUUUCUAUUAUUAUUGAACGACAUGGAUCCAAAUGAAUUAUCCCGCAGUGUUAUGAUAGAAAUUUUAUUACAGUAUCUACAAAAACAUCCAGAAGAUAUUUUUUUAAUUUUCAAAAUUUGUGUACUUAUUUUUCAGGUUUUACUUAUCGUUUAUGUUUUUAAAAUGUCAAAGAAAAUCAAUAUUAAACAUAAAUCGUCUCUAUCAGAUUUUUUAUCACUUAAAAGUCCUCUUCACCACCUUGCCAUCAACGAUCCUGAGACUAUUAUUAAGGAAAUUGUUCAAGAACAAAUUUCGUCAAACAAUUAUAGUGACAUACGGGGAAGAACGGCUUUACAUUGCAGCGCACAGGCAGGUCAAAAAGAGAUGGUCGAAAUUUUAAUUAGGGCGGGCGCUCAAGUCAAUAAAGGUGUAUACGUGUGGGGGAAAACACCUUUACAUCUCAGUGCCGAGAGCGGAAAGAAUGAUGUUGUCCAAGCUCUAAUCGAACACGGCGCAAACGUUAAUCGUACAGUGUUUUGGUUUAGAAAAACAGCUCUACACUACGCCGCCGAAAAUGGUCACAUGCUUGUUGUCAAUUUGCUACUGAAAUCAGGUGCACAUGUCAAUGUACAAGAUCGAUAUGGAAAAACUUCACUACACUAUGCUGUUGAUAAAAGCCAUGGAAAUGACAGCAACUUAUCUAUUGUACGAGACCUUUUGGAAGCGGGAGCUUCGGUUCAUGUAAAAGACUAUUUUGGCAAAAAUUCAAUACAUUACAGUUCAGAGUGGGGUGAUAGCGAGGCUGUGAAAAUACAGAUUAAAAAGGCUGAUUAUCUGGACUACAAAGACACAUUUGGUAGAACCGCUUUACAUCUCAGUUCAAUGAAAGGUUUUACGGCUGUUGUAAAUGAACUGCUGCAGGCUAAAGCUUCCGUUGACAAGACAGAUUGUGAGGAAAAAACAGCCUUACAUUACAGUGCUGAAAAUGGUUAUGUUGACAUCGUCUCGACUUUAUUACUCAAUGGAGCUUCGGCCACUUUGAAAGAAAAGAAUGGAAAGACAGCUUUACAUUUGAGCGCUAUCAAAGGAUAUCCAGACAUUGUCCAGACGCUUAUACAAGGCGGAGCCGAUAUUGAUGCAACAGACAUAGAAAAUAAAACGGCCUUACACUACUGUGCUAUGGGGAAUAACCCAAAGACACUAAAAGCACUUUUACGUGCUGGUGCUUCUAUUAACUUGAAAGACUCAAAUUUACGAACUCCGCUGGACUUGGCGAAGAAAACAUCCAAUCUUGACGUCAUAGCCAUAUUGAAAAGCGCUAAAAGAGAAGCAGUCUUCUCAUCGUUUGAAUUUGAAAAGCAUCACCUGGGUAAGACGAGUUUAAACCGGGAAAAAGAUGUUCACGAACAAAGUAUUAAGGACAUGAUCAAAAAACAUAAUCAAUUAAGGUAUGUCUAAAAUAAACAAUCAAGGUGUGUAUAACAUGAUAAUCAAACGUGUUUGUAAACAUUUACAUCUUUGUAAAUGUCUGAUGUACUCUUUUAUCGUUACCACAAUAUUUUAAUUUGAAAGCAGAAAAAAUAUUUUUUUAUUAAAACAAGAGGGCUUUAAAUAACACUUAUUUAUCGGUUCAAACUUAUAUAAGCAGGCAGUUCAUUAUUUAAUUUAAAUUAUUGAUUUGAUAUAUUAGUAAACAAAUGAUUUUUAACCCAUUAAAUAUUAACUACAUUUUUAAUGGUCUUUGAUAUCAUUACUCUCAAAAACGAGAUAACAAAUUAUUUAUCUAAUAGAAUAUUGAAAGCAAAUUUAAACUUUUUACCAAACCUGUUUGUAUUAAUUUGCUUUUUUCCAUUAAAAAUAUAUUUUUUUAAAUUUUUAUUUUGGGGGGGGGGGGGGGGGGGGGGGGGGGGGGGUAGGAAUAACUUAAUGUUAGCCAUACAUAUUUAAAAAAAAAUAAAAAUAAAAAUAUAAAUUUUAUUUUUAUUUUUUGUUUUAUUUAAGUAGCAACAUUUAAUUUCUGUUUAAAAUCAUUUCAUCAUCUUAAAACUUACUUCUUUAAUAUUUAGCAUGAUAGUUAUAAUAGUUUUAUUUAUUGUUUAUGUUUUAUUUUUAUAAUUACAAGUCUCGAUAUCUGCGUAAAUAUCGCAUAUAUUACAUUAAUAUACACUAGGUGAGCAAUGAAAAUGUAAAUUUAAUUUUAAUGAGUCUUUAUAACAAUUGUUUUAAUUUAAAAUCAGUUAUUUGUCAAUUUGUACAAAAAUCUUCCCAUAGUAUACAUGAGCAUAUUUUCAGUGUAUAUAUUUUUUAACGAAUUAAGUGAGAAAUUUUGUGAAAAUAUAAUAAAAUAUUUCACCUUAAACAUUGCCUGUACCACUAACACGAGUAUUUCAUGAAAUAAUCUGUUAAAAUAUAUCUGUACUUACACUAAUGUAUUUACACACAUAAAGAAAUUGUUAUUAGCAAAUUAUAGCACCAUAAAACCAUUCAUAUAGUUGAUUGGAAAACAAUACAAAUUAUUCAGUUUAUAACGUAACAAAUUAUCAGAUGUAUGUUUUUCCCUAAAUGUUAAGGUCUGACAUAUCUUGCAUAUAUAAGUGAAUACCUACACUAUAACAAGAUUAUAUAUUAAAAAACGACAACAUAUAAUAGAGAAAAUACAGUUUUCCAGCAUAUCUAUUUGAAAUUAUUGAAAUAAAAUAAUGAAACAUCCGUAGAAAAUUGAAAUCGUUCAAGGAAAUUAAAUAAGACACUUCUAACAAAAAUGUAGCUUCUGUCUACACCUCCUGCUUUUUUAAAAAAAUGAGUUUGUUAUGUUUGUUUGUUUUUUGUUUUUUUUGAAUUCAUAUAAUGCACAUUAAAUAUAAAAGUAACGCUAAGAAAAAAUACUUUUUACAUCACUUUUAAAUUUUGAAAAUACUUCGAAACUUUCCUAACACAUUUCUGAAAGCCAUAUUAUAUGCAUUACACUGUUUGUAGGAAUGUGGCACAUGACGCAAACCAAAAUGAUACGAACAUGAUCAAGUGGAAGAAAAAAGAGAAUGAUCGUUAACAAUAGAAAUCUUGCGAAACUAAAAAGCAUCCAGAACCUAUUCCUGAAUUCCAGAGUCCCACCGAGACCUUAAAACAAUCUCUAAUAAAUGUUAAUUUUAUUUUUAAAUAUAACGAUUGCAGGGCUCUAAUCCCCAUCUCCCACUAAACACCCCCACAACACACACACAGGAUUGCAGGCUCAAGCAUCUCUUUGUUAGUAGAUUUUUUUUUAAAUUUAAAAAUGAUUCUAAUCUUAGCUUUAUUUUGUAAGUAAACCCAUCGUUUUUCCAAGAGUUUUUCUAUAUUUAUAGCUUUCAUCCGAAUGUUUUAAGACAAUUUAAAUAAGGACAGAUUUAAAUAUUUAACUAAAUGGCAUUGCCUACUUAAUACUACUAAUAAUAAUAAAGAUUAUUUGCAAAUCACGUCUAAUCCCCAAAGGCUCGAAGCACGGUACAUACGACAUUGAAAUACAAAGUGCACCAUUACAAAAGCUACGUACGAGAAAACCCAUUCUAAGUCUUUCAUACCUUGCAACCAAUAAAGUAUCUCAUUUAAUUCAUUAUAUGAUAAUAUAAGAUUAAAAUAAAUAUAAAAGUGCUAUAUUGUUAAUUUUUGAUACAAUAUAACUAGGUUUACAUAUUUAUACAUUUUUCCACUAAAUCAAAUUUUCCUGAAAACAAACGUUUCUUUGAAUACAGUUAAUGUCAUGUUUUAAAAUUUAAUUAUUUUGUCGUAGCUAUGACGUCGUAAGCAGAUAUCAAUUAACUUUUUGAAGUUAAAUCUGGUAAUUUCAUUUCAAAUAAAAUAAAAAAAACACAAAAGUGCCAUUUGCAUUUUGUUGUGUUAUUGUGUUUACACGGUGUACAUAAAAAAGUAUAAUGGAUGCCUUGAUGGAACGAGGGAAAAUAUAAAAAACCCAGAUGGAAGUCUUGUACUUAACUAGUUUAAUACAAAUAAAAAUAUAAAUAAAGACUUAAUAUGUUUAAAAGAAUACAUAAUGCACUGACGCAUAUAUUAUCAUAGACAUAUAUAGUAUUUAUAUAUAUAUAUAUAUAUAUAUAUAUAUAAGACGAAAAUUUAGUCACUUAAAACCAAUUAUUUAUUGAAUUUCCUUAUCGUAAUUAAUUAAUUAGCUUGGAAAUGUGUGAAGCCAAAUAUGGCGAAACCUGAAAAAAUUGGCACAAAAAUAGAAAAGAACGUGUCUGCAUGAAGCCCUUUUCAGUUUAAAAGAAGAAAAAAAAAUCAAUAAUAUAGAAUAUUAAAAAAACCGCCCAAAAAACAGAAAUUUAGUAUCCGAGAGCCCAGGGAUAGAAAUGAUUUUUAGGAACCAAAAUAGGAAAACUUGAAAAAGCAUUUACGCUCAGAAAGUUUCUGUGCAUAUUUUCUCUAUUCCAAUGCUGCUAAAAUUGUUCAUCUCUUUAUUGACUCCAUAGUGCGCGUGAUGUUUUAAUGCUAUAUCACUUGCUCCAAGUAUGUAGACAAAAGCUCCAAUACAACCUAAACAUGUAGGUGUGCUGUAAACAUAUUGUGUAUAUUGUCUUGAACCAUCAUGUCCUACUACAAAGCGCUUGGUCCAAUGGCCAAUAGAAACGUGUUUGGGGCAGCCGUGAGGAUGCGAUACUAUAAUUGUUAAUUUCUCCUUGUCUUUAAAUGUAUUAUAUUUAGAGUUAACCACGGCCAUUUUUUGCAUACAUUUAUUUGGUUUAAAGUACAGCAGAUUUAAUAAAACCUCAUCACAGGUCACACAUUCCACUUCACAUUGAUCGGUAUGUAUAUCCGAUUGUGUAACACUUGAUCCUUCGACAUAGUGAUAGCGUCCAUUUUCUUCAUCAAAAUUUAUUUUGAAAAUUGUCUUUUGAGCUUCACUGUCAUCAAACACCAAUGACUUUGCUGUGGCAAUACAAAUCUGACCCCAUAUCUUGCUAGCGUUACCAGAAUAUAGACAUUUAUAACAUGGGCACGUCUGUCCAUUUUCUAUUCUUAUUACAUUUUUCACCAAUCCUGUUCCUAGCUUGGUAAAAAAAUGUCCCCUUUUUUCAUGGAAAGGAUAAUUACGCUCUGUUCCUGGAUAAAACCAGGGUCUUUUGUUACUGGUGUAGUUGACAGUGACCUUCACAGUGAGUUCAGCUAUGCAUUUAAUCAAAUCAAAUAUGUCACUCCUGCCAUACAUGAGUGGAAGAUCUUCUUUGCUAAACUUGAAAAUAGGAAUAAAACGUUCAUGUUUCCCCUUCUUCUGACAAGACGUGAAAUCUUGCAUCAAUUUGUUCGGCUCUGUUGAUUUCGAAAGGACGAUCUAUGAAUUACAAUUGAGUUAAGAAAAAUAUUUCAUGUAUGCUUAUUGAUAAUUAGUAAUAAUUAAUAACUAAUGUUACAUUUGUCCAUAACAUAAUUAUAUAUCAAGUUUUAUAAUACAUUAAUUUGACACUAUUUAAAAAAAGUAAAAAAUAUGAAUGUAAAAAAAAUAUUUAAAAAAAUAACAUAUUAAUGGUAUUUAAAUGAAUUUUCUUUUUAUUUUUGUGUUUGUUUCAAAUAAUCGCUUAAGAAAAGAAAAAGAUAACGUUAUUGCAUUGUCUUCUUGUAUAAAUCUAACAGCUGCUUAGCAGAUGCGUCAAUUUUAGUACAUAUUUAAGAGCAGUACUAUAAUAUAUAUAUAUAUCACCGACAAACGCCGACCAGAUCGAUGUUGAAUAUUUUAAAUAUAUUUUAUGACUUUUUAUUAUGCCGUUCAUUAAACAAUAUAUCAAUAAGUGGCUUAACUAGCCAACAUGUUUUCGUCCUAUUAAGUGAGUGUGUCAUUUAUAAAUAUAUUCAAUGUCUAUAGACUUAAAAGCAUUUUUUUGUGAUUUAAACUAUUCCUAUACACUAAUUUGUACAUAUAUUAUAUAUACAUAUAAUAUAUAUAUGUAUAUAUAUAUAUCUAUAUAUAUAUAUAUAUAUAUAUAUAUAUAUAUCUAUAUCUAUAUCUAUAUAUAUAUAUAUAUAUAUAUAUAUAUAUAUAUAUAUAUAUAUAUCAACAAUUAUUUAGUAAAGGUUAAAACAAAAAUAUCCCUUUUUAGAAAAUGUGGAAAAAGUAUAACAUAAUUUCUUUCCAAAUACUUUGACCAUUUGUGUAAUUAAAUUAUUUAUUUCUGUUGUAGUCCAGCUUUAGAUCAAGCAAUGGAGGCGGAGGAGACAAUAAAAACUAAAUCACAAGACACUUGCACACCGCCACGGGUCAGCGAAUCUCUAUCUCCAGGCAUUGAUGCAAACUUACAAACGAAAGCGGCUAAAUAUCCUGCUUCUGACGCAUGCCGGGCCCCUCAUUUGUCUUCUUGUGAGAGUCCUCUAUUAUCCAGAGAUACAUGCUGCGCAACUUCUGUAUACGGAAUUAAUACAAUUGAUGUAGGGCAUAACUCAUCUGGAACUAGCACUUUAAUUACCGAGAGUCGUGCAGCAAUAACAGGUAUUGGCACACCAUUACCCGGAACACCAUUAGACCCAGACACAUCAUUACAUGGGACAUAUUUAACAACGUCACCUGGGGCAUCACUGGAAACAGGUGUAUCAUCACCUGGGAGGUCACUUAACACAGGUAUAACAACAACUGGAAAAUCACUCAACACAGGUAUUUCAUCACCUGAGACAUCACUAGACCCAAGCAAGUCAAGGCAUGGGACAUAUAUAACCACAUCCCCAUGGGCAUCAGUUGAAACAGGCACAUUAUCACAUGGAACAACAAUAGACACUUUCACAUCAUCGCCUGGGACAUAUUUCACUUCAUCAGCUGUGAGAGCACUAGACACAGGCACAUCAUCACUUGAGACAUCACUAGACACACCCACAUCAUCUGCUGUGACAUCACUUGACACAGGCACGUCAUCUGCUGUUAAAUCAAUAGACACAGGGAUAUCAUCAAAUGGGACAUCAUUAGUCACAGCCACAUCAUUAGCUGUAACAUUACUCAACACAAGUAUAUCAUCACCUGAGACACCACUAGACAUAGUCACAUCAUCAGCUGUGACAUCAGUGGACACAGGCACAUCAUCAGCUGGGACACCACUAGACAAAUGCACAUCAUCACUUGAGACAUCACUUUGCACAGGCACGUCAUCUGCUGUUACAUCACUAGACACAGGCAUAUCAUCAGAUGGGACAUAUUUCACUUCAUCAGCUGUGGCAUUAAGUGAUACAAACACAUCAUCAGCUAUGAAAUCACUAGACACUUGCACAUCAUCACUUGAGACAUCACUAGACACUUGCACAUCAUCACUUGAGACAUCACUAGGCCCCUUCAAAUCAUCGCAUGGGACAUAUAUAACGAAAUCGCCAUGGACAUCAGUUGAAACAGGCACAUUAAAAUAUGGUACAUCAAUAGACACUUUUACAUCAUCGUAUGAGACACAUUUCACUUCAUCAGCUGUGACAUCAAAUGACACAAACACGUCAUCAGCUAUGACAUCACUAGAUACAGGCCUAUCAUCACUUGAAACAUCACUAGACACAUACACAUCAUCUGCUGUGACAUCACUUGACACACGUAUAUCAUCAGAUGGGAUAUCAUUAGACACAGGCACAUCAACACUUGAGACAUCACUAGACACAUGCAUACCAUCUGCUGUGACAUCACUUGACACAGGCAUAUCAUCUGCUGUGACAUCACUAGACAAAUGCACACCAUUAGAUGGGACAUAUUUCACUCCAUCAGCUGUGACAUCUGAUGCCACAAACACAUAUUCAGCUAUGACAUCACGAGACACAGGCACGUCAUCAGCUGGGACAUUACCAGACAAAGACACAUCGUUAGGUGUGACAUCCCUAGACACAGGCACGCGAUCAGCUGGGAAUUCGCUAGACCCGGGUAUAUCAUCACGUCGAACUUGUUUGACAUCAUCAUUAAACGCGUAUUGUACACCACCUGGAACUGUUUCAACAUCACUAAACACAAGUGUAUCAACGCACGACACAUUUGCACGGUUAAAAGACAUUUGUCCACCAUCCACUGAGAAAGAAGCAGCUUCCCUUGUCACAAAAGCUGGCCCAAACGUUUGCGAGGAAGCAUUACAAGUUACAGGUAAUGGCAUCCCAGAAAUCCUGUCUAAUGAAUUUACAAACAUCAAGUGCACAGACAAUAUGGAAAUCAAGUCUUUUAACAAUGUUGUUGUAGAUUUCGGAAAAACAGUUCCUUAUAACGUGCCCAUAUCAAUCAAUGUUGAAAACUGUAAGUUCGUAUGUCUGUUUGGAAACUUGUCAGUAAAUACCACAAUAUCUGAUCAUGAGUGACGACAACGAUUUGUGAAAUGAUCAUCAUUAGUGGUUGAGUUCUUAAAAAUACAAAUGUCUUUGGCUCGUUUUGAAGACGCAUUUGAAACAUUAAACAAUAUCAAUCGUAUCCCUUAUAUGUUGUACUGAGGAAUGUCAAAGAUUAUUUCAAGUUAGUACAACAUGAAUGCAUGAAAAGAAUCUCAAAAAUAAAAAUGUAUUAAAACAAAUAGAAAAGUAGUAGUUCCUUAAAUUGUAUUGUCACAUUAAGUUUCCUUUUGUUAUCAAUGUGGGAAAACAUAGUCAUUUUCAGGACCUUCAUAUUGCACACUUACACAUAAAAUAAUGCCUUUAAUGUACAACAAUAAAGUGUAAUACCAUUUGCAAUAAUCUGUAACAUAUAACGGAUUUUUAUGUAUUGGUUCCUUAAUUAAAAGAUUAAAAGAUCAUCCAAAGUUUCCCUACUACAUAAUAAGAAAAUCAUAAAACAUUGAAAUCUCAAGAAUGUAAAACCAUCUUCAUUAAUUUUCACGUCUGUAAAAGCUUAAUGAUUUGUGUGGUUUCUUUUAUUUUAUUUUUUUUUUAAAUUUUAAUUAAUGUUAUUAAUUUCAUAAAAUUGUACAUCAACCUUCAUAUGAACUUUAUUUUCACAGAAUGGACGUAAACAUUUAAAAAACAAAAAAAAAAAUUAAGGAAAAUUGUACAUCAUAUUUGUUCAAGACCGAAACUAAAAAACUAGAAGAAAAUAUUCCUCUAUUUCAAGAUUAAAUUUUCAUGUGUUUGAAAUAAUUAAGUUUUGACAUUUUUAUUUGAAGUAUGUGUAUACCUUUUUAGAGAUAUCCACCAGAGCCAUCUUUUGAGCGGUGGAAGCACUGAGCACAGUAAAACACUGGGUCCCUCUAUCCCCUCACUAUACUCAAGGUUGUUCUAAGGAGGGGGCGAAAGGGCCGAUUACUCGUUGCGCCAAUACCAGGGUAGGGCAAAAUCGUCUUAAGAAAGGCACUAAAUAGUGCUUUAACAAAAAAUACCUUGUAAUUUGCAUAGACAAGGGCGGGAAAAUCGUCUAAAUUGUGAGCCCUGGGAAAGGCUGUCUAUAGCUUUCAAUUCAAGUAAUGUUAUGAAAAGAAUUAUGGUUUAACUUGGCCUAAACGUUUUGACCAAUUUCCAGUGCGCCCAUGUCUUAAGACGGCACUUUUACCCGCGCAUUGCUAACGCGAUUGAAAUAUAUUUUCUUACUUGAUAUAACAUAUGUAUAUUCGUACAAAGAGAUUGUAACGCUUCUUUUUCACGACCGCAAUAUUAUUGUAUUUUAAAACAUUGUCAUCCACAUGAACAUGUACACACCCUAUUUCCUAACCCCGAUAUAUAUAUGUAGCCAAGAAGGUUUAAUUGUUGUCAAAUUAUUUCCUUUAUUCUAAGGCGUAUCUUGUGCCGCCUGUUGUAAAAAACAGGUAUCGUUUCCCCCACUCCCAGAAUUUAAUAAAAUUCAUUAAAUCAUCCACCGGAGGGUGGCCCCGUACUUAGGUGAACACCUUUUUUGUGCACUUCAUAUGGUUUGUUAUUAUUUGGAUGAGUGAUACAUUCAUUACAGAAUGAUAUUUGGCUAUGGAGCUUAAAAGCACUUUCUGACUUAAACGGCCUUUUUUAAAAUCAAAAGUAAAUUUAAAGGUUUAAUUUUCAUUAAUUUAUCAAUUUAAAUUUAAAGUAUAUUUUUAGAAUGAAUAAAAAGUGCAAUUUUAUUAAAUGUUGAAAAUAGAAAACUAAUUUAUUUUUUAAUUUGUGGAGGGGCUGAUAUGUUUACAAAUUAAAAAGCAAUGAGUUAUAUAAUUUAUUAAUUUUACUUCGGAGAAGGGGAAAAUACAUUAUCAGUUUUGUCUCGCGCUGUUAUUAAAUCAAUUUUUUUGGGCUAUGAAUUCAUUUGCGUGUUUAUUCAGAGCUAGAAUAAAUGACCCGAUGUUAUUUGGAUAAUAAUGGUAGGUUUUUUGAUAAUUUCUAACAGCUUUUGCAAAAACUCAUCCCAAUCCAUAACUUUUCAAAUGUAAUGAUAUUUACUUUUCUACCAUCAUUAAGUUUUGAGAAGUGUUUAUGUGAUAUAUAUGAUACUUGUACCCUACACCAUUUCACGCCCCUAAAAUAUUUUUCCCCCUCUAAACAUGAACUUAAUUUACCCAGUCAAUUAUCACUAACUGUAUCACUUUUAUCACUAAAGAAAUUAAUUAAUUAAAGGACAAUUACUACGCUAAAGAAAUACUUUAGAUUUACCACUUUCCAUGCCAUGGAAUUAAAACUUUUUUAUCUCAAUUUUUUUUUCAAAAUCUAAUCUUAAAUUUACAACAAUAAUUCUAUAAAUGAUAUGAAUAUAUCAUGUAUUACAGGAAUUCGAUAGAUAUCGAUAUCUUCAUCAAAAGUUUUAACACAUUUUUUCCUCUUUUUUUAAAUUUUACAUUAUCAGACAAUUGUAAAACAAAUAAUUAUUUCACCUAUGAAGAAUCUCGCAAAUGUUCUUCACUCCAAUAUCAGAUAUGACUAUAUUUUAAAUAAAAUAAAUUAUUAAUUUCAUAAAAAUACACAAUUCUUUACUUUUUUCAAAGUAACAACAAAAAUAUAUAUAUAUUUUUUUUUUAAAGAGAAAAUAUUAACCCAUCUUCAUUUGACAAAAUUGAAUUUUCAAAUGUGUAAAAUGAUGUUGUUUUGUUAUUCAUGGAUAUACUUAUAUAAAUGUACCCAAUAUUUGUUAACGCCAUUGAUUUUCUUAAUUUGUAAACAUAUGUUUAUUUGUAAAAAGAGAAAUUAACAUCCUCUUUUUUCACAAAUGUAAUACCAUACAAUUUAAAUAUAUUUUCAUCCACGUAAAAAUGUACACUUGUUUUUUCCUACCUCCGAUAAGAAUGUACCCAAGAAGGUUAAUUAUUUAUCGUAUUCAUUACUUUAUUUUGAGACGUAUUUUGUGCUGCCUGGGACAAAGUGACCAACCUCUCCCCAACCAAGAUUUAAAUAAAUGUAGAAAAUCUUUCACCGGAUUGUAGUCCCUUCCAUGCCUAAACUAAAAUUGUUUGCACUUUAUAUGGUUUAUUCUUAUUUGUAUGAGGAAUAGCAUGAUUAGUGAAUGCUAUUUAGCUAUGGAGUUGCGCUGCACUGAUUGACUUAAACAGCAUUUUCUUAUUAGAAGUAUAUUUAAAGGUUAGUUUUUUCGGAAGUUUGUUCCAGUCCCUGUUUGUCCUUGGCAAAUAUAAGCAAUUUAUAA